AGUGGAGUUUGUCAGCUGCAGCUGGGGCAGGAAGCGGCGGGAUGAUUGAAGGAUACAGUCCCGUUGUUCAGUCCCUUCUGGGGACUCUGUUCACGUGGGGGCUGACGGCGGCCGGGGCGGCUCUGGUGUUUGUCUUCUCUACGGGUCAGAGACGGAUCUUAGAUGGCAGUUUGGGGUUUGCGGCUGGGGUGAUGUUGGCAGCCUCCUAUUGGUCUCUCCUGGCCCCGGCUAUUGAGAUGUCGGAGCAUUACGGAAGGCUGGCUUUCCUCCCGGCCGCCGUGGGUUUCUCCUUGGGGGCCGGCUUUGUGUAUUUUGCUGACCUCCUUUUGCCGGCGCUGGGUAUGAGCGACGACCCGUUGUCCAUGGCGGCGCACGACUCCAAGCCCCCGAAGGAGAAAGAUGAGGGAUCGGUGUACGGCGAGCGAGAGCUCAGUAUCCGCAUAGAUAAGAUUGAGAAUGGUGACGUAUACCAGAGGAAAAGGGGCGCCCAACCUUCACCGGGAGAUGACCUGUCACUGCUGAGCGCCCCAGAACCCGUGAACAAAGGAGGGAGCAGCUGGAGACGGAUCAUGCUUCUCAUCCUGGCCAUCACCAUACACAACAUUCCAGAGGGGCUGGCCGUCGGCGUUGGCUUUGGCGCCAUUGGGAAGACGGCGUCCGCCACUUUCGAGAGUGCCAGAAAUCUAGCCAUCGGAAUAGGAAUCCAGAACUUUCCAGAGGGCCUUGCUGUUAGCCUUCCACUAAGAGGAGCCGGAUUGUCCACGUGGAGGUCGUUUUGGUACGGCCAGUUAAGUGGAAUGGUCGAGCCCAUUGCCGGAGUCUUAGGAGCCUUUGCCAUAGCACUGGCAGAGCCCAUCUUACCCUAUGCAUUAGCUUUUGCGGCGGGCGCCAUGGUGUAUGUGGUGAUGGAUGACAUCAUACCGGAAGCACAGACUGGUGGCAACGGCAAGCUGGCCUCCUGGACUUGUAUCUUGGGCUUCGUGGUCAUGAUGUCCUUGGACGUCGGUUUAGGAUAAGGAACGUGGUCACCGCGGAUGCUGAACCCCCCCCCCAGGACGAGGCGCUGGGCGCUACGACUACAGUUUACAAACAAAUUUGCCUUUUUACGAAUGAUUGAUUAGUUGUGUAUUUAUCUGAUGUUUUCUGUGUGUUAAUAUUGGGAGUUUGAUUCCAAAGAUGUGAU